AUGCAGUGGACGGCGCCGUACCUCGCAGCGCGCGCCGGCACCGGCGCCAGUGACCACGGCCUCACGCACAUCCACCUGUACAUGCACGAGACCUUCGCCGGCCCGAACUCCACGACGCUCACGGCGGUGCCGUCGCCGCUGGGCACCGACGCGACGUUCGGGACAGUCGGCGUGCUCGACGACGAGCUGCACGACGGGCCGGACGCGAGGAACUCGUCGCUCGUCGGCCGGUACCGAGGCAUUUUCGUCGGCGCGGGGCUCGUGAGCCCGCCAGGCGGGCAGUCGGCGAUCAAUCUUGUCUUCGCGGCCGGGGAGCGCCGCGGGAGCACGCUGGCCAUGCUGGGCCCCGUGCUGAGCUUCACGAGCGCCAUCGAGCGCGCCGUGGUAGGCGGCACCGGCGCCUUCAGGAUGGCCCGCGGGUACUGCGUCAUGACUCCCGCCGGCAGCCCCACGCCGGAUUCCCUCGUCUACGAGGUCGACCUGUUCCUGGACAUGUACCAUGCCCUGAUCGAUUGUGUGCAUGUUGGUAAAUAG